AUGACGUACCUGAGCGACGAGGCUGCUGUUGCCGCCGAUGAAAAGGCCCCUACCAGCGAGAAGACCAGCGCUCCCACGUCGGAGCAUGCAGAGGCCCAGGGCGACGCCACGGAGCUGGAACACAUUGACAUCACGAACAAACAUGCUUAUAAAGCAGACAAUUCUGACGGCGUCAUCGAAUGGUCCUGGAGAGGGAAGCUCUCGGUUAUCUGUCUCUGUGCCCUUUAUGUCGGCGCACAGCUCCCCCUCUACUUUGUGGGAGGGUCAUUGAGCUUGAUAGCGGCAGACCUGAACAUAAUCGACGGCGCAGCCUGGCUGGGCGUCUCCAAUAACCUGGCAGUGGCGGCAGUGGCUCCCUUCUGUGGCUAUCUCCAAGAUCUCUUUGGCAAGCGGAACGUGGUGCUGGCUGGUUGCCUGUUGGUCCUGGCGGGAUCCGUGGUCAUGGGGACCAGCCAUGGCUUGAGCCAGGCCGCCGCCGGGAUGUCCAUCGAAGGCGCGGGCGCAGGCAUCUUGGAGCUGACCUCCAUUGCAGGGGUAUCGGAGAUUGUCCCCGUGGCGAAACGCGGCCUCUAUCUCGCCCUUCUUCAAGCCGCAAUCAUCCCCUUUUGGCCUUACAUUAUGUAUGCGCAAUUGCUUGCCACCUACUCCACCUGGAGAUGGUUCGGAUUGGCCUUGGUCUACUUCCCGCACAACCACAACCGUGCCGAAGGGGUUUCUCGUAGAACUCUCCUCAGGAGUUUCGACUAUCUUGGUUCUGUCAGCUCUAUCGUCGGUCUGACACUGUUUCUGGUGGCCAUUCAGUCCGGAGGAUAUACCCAUCCUUGGAAGAGUGCUUAUGUUCUGGUCACUCUUCUGCUGGGCGCACUCCUAAUCAUUUUCUUCGUCGUUUGGGAAGCCAAAUUUGCCCGAGCACCCAUCGUCCCUAGGGAAAUGUUCUCGGGUCAACGGAUCGUCGCCCUGGCUUACUGCAUCGGCUUCGUCUCGGGGCUCAACUUUUAUUCGAUUCUGAACUUCUUUCCCAUCUUAAUGUCCCAAGUCUACGACCCUGACCCGGUCCAGGUUGGACUCAAGGGAUUGGGCUAUGGGUGCUGCAUCGGCGUCGGGUCCAUGGCAGGCAACGUGGCAGUCGCAAGUCUCCCACCCCUUUCCGAUUCAGACGGGUGGUUCACUAACUUGAAUGCAGCCUCUUUUACUGGCGCUUUAGCCGUGAACAAUUCCACCAACCCCAAGCUCGUCACUGCGCUAUUGAGCUUGGCUUCCUUUGGCAUUGGAGGUGUCUUGGUUCCAACCGCGACUGUAGCUCUUACGGCCACUCCUGACACCGUCAUCGCGACGACCGUGGCACUGUCACUCUCUGUGAGACUGGGCGGCGGUGCCAUCGGCUAUUCGAUUUACUACAACAUCUUUGCAAGCAAACUGAAGAGCAAACUACCCACGCUCGUUGCAGAAUACGCGGUCAAAGCCGGGUUGCCGUUGACUUCAGCACCCCUGUUUGUCGAAACUUUCCUCACCAAUCCAGCCGCUGUUACCACGGUUUCUGGCGUCACAAAUGUCGUCAUCCAAGCUGCCACCUUGGGGGUCAAAUGGGCGUACGCCGAGUCGCUGAAGUAUGUGUGGUAUACCAGCAUUCCAUUUGGAGUCUUGUCCAUCAUCGCCUGCCUCUUUCUGCCGGACACGUCGAAAUACAUGACUAACCGCAUCUCUGUCCAUCUGGCCUAA